CAAAAACAUCAGCCUCAGCUGAGACAUGUGCAAGUGCCAUUUAAUGGUAGGCGCAUGAACAUACUCUAGAAACUUGUUGAGAUGAAAUGUCCCCGAUAUCGGGCCAUGUUACGCAGAAAACCAAGCACGACAAUAACAAACCUGGGAACACUCAGCUCACGAUUGUUCUUCCAAACAUAUUCACGUGCCUUACUUCCAGAUCUUAAGUACAACGAUGACCUGUUCAACUACACUCGUGGCCGCUUCAUCAGCGAUGAAGAGUUCGAACUCUCGCAACGCCAUAUUCGUUUCAAUGUCAACGAAUUAGCAAAAUGUGCGGCAGAGGCCGUCGGUGCAAAAUCCUGUGUUGAUGUCGAAAAAUACCCUGAUGGGAUGUACAACAAAGCAAUGCUUCUCACGAUGGACGAUGGCACCCAAGUCGUCGCGAAGGUUCCAAAUCCAAAUGCUGGCUUACCGCAUUUCACCACUGCGAGUGAAGUCGCAACCAUGGAUUUUGUACGGAACGUUCUGAAAACGCCGAUUCCUAGGGUUCUGGCAUGGCGUUCGAAAGCCGAAGCGACUCCGGUUGGAGCCGAGUACAUUAUCAUGGAGAAGGUCCCAGGAAUUGAACUCGAACGCGUCUGGUCUAGCAUGUCUAUAGAAGACAAGUUCACGGUUGUCAAGACUGUCGCUGGCUUCCAAAAGGCUUGGACCUCAAUCUCGUUCAAGAGAUUUGGAAGUUUAUACUACGCGAAAGAUCUGAGUCCGACUCUAUCUCCCCAAGACGAGCCACUCUAUGUUGAUGAGUCUGGGAAGGAAAUCGUGGACCCACGGUUUGCAGUUGGGCCAUGCACAGGUCGUGAGUGCCUUGACAGUGGGAGAAUGAGGGUCGAGUUUGACAGGGGACCAUGGACAUCAUUAGAAGAGUAUCACAAAGCUAUUGGGUAUCGAGAAAUCGCCUCCGUUCGCCAGCUUCAUGAUUUACCCAAAUCUCCCGUCAUCCUCCAUGGCCCAGGGACGUACAUACCCACGAAAGAAAGAAAACUCCAAGCUCUGGAAUGUUAUCUGAAUUUAAUCAAGUAUCUUCUUCCAACAGAUACCUCAAUCUCAACAGCAAACUUGUGGCACGGCGACCUACAUGUAGCCAACGUCUUCGUCAACCCAACUAAUCCCACCGAAAUCACUGGUCUGAUCGACUGGCAAUCUACCGAAAUUGCUCCUCUUUACUUCCAGGCGCGUCAACCCCAUAUUCUCGAUUAUGAAGGACCGCCUGUCAGUGGCUUGGAGCGACCCACGCUUCCGAAGAAUCUGGACGAGCUCGAACCGGAUGCGAGAAGACGGGCCGUGACGCUCUACUACCAACAAUCCCUCUGCGUACUCUACAAUACACUAACCCACCGCCAAAACCCCCGCCUGUACGCAGCCCUUGAAUUCCAGCAGACGACGAGCUUCAUGUUGCUCCUCCUCGCACGCAACCUCCUCGUCGAUGGUGAAUCGUCCUAUCUCGCACAGGUGGCAGAGCUGGAAGCGACGUGGGAAACCCUCACAGGAGCCAAAAGCUCCAGAUACCCGUUCUCCUUCUCGGCCAAGGAGCGAGAAGAACUCGAAGCUGAGGUGGAAGGCGUGGUACGUGGCAUGGAAGCCAUGCGCGCCAUACGAGAGGGUAUAGGAGAACUGUUUCCUGAACAGGGCAUUGUGAGGCAUGAGCUUUAUGAUGAGUCUGUGAAUGCGUUGGGGCAGAUGAAGGAACAGGUGAUUGAGGAGUUUGCUAGGAGUGAGGAGGAGAGGAGGGUAUGGGAGAGAAUGUGGCCGUUUGGGACUUGAGGGGUCACUUGUGUUACUGGGGGGCUCUGCAACGAUCAGGUGCUCAGUAUUAUAUUGAUAAAGAAGAAUGUUUGUAGAUCUAGUGGUUCCUUUUAAUGAGAGUGUUCUCUUUU